AUGGCAGGAGAUGGGAGAGAGAGAAUUAUUUCUGAAAAAGAAAUUGAAUCCAAAUCCGCUCCACUUGGACUAGGUCAUGUUGGAAUUGUAAAUAACUCAAAUAUGUGUUUCUUUAACUCAAUGUUACAAAUAAUAUCCCAUAUUCCACAAAUUGUAGUGGGUUUUCUUCAAAACUUGAAUUCUACUGAUAUCCCUUCAGACACUGAUAAUAGGCAUGAAAAUGAUAUAGUCAGUGAGUAUAGACGUUUUUUGUAUGACCUGUGGAACAAUCGUUUGAGAACGGUAAAUCCACAGGCGCUAGUGGUUUGUAUGAAAAAUGAGUCAAGAAUAUUGUGUGAUUAUGAGCAACAUGAUUGUGCUGAGUUUUAUACUUUGUUUCUCCAACUGCUUAUAAAGGAAUUAGCAUCCUCUUCGGGUGACCCAAAGGUGAUCCUGAAUCAACUGUCCAGUUCGGAAACGACAGCUGAAGUCGUUUGGAACCACUGCAACUCAUUCUACAAUAAUUUCGUUUUCUCGAGUUUGUACGGCCUUCGCUCCUCCUCGUGUGCUUCCAUGCCGUACGAAACUUUCAACUGCCUAACUCUGCCUGUUCCUGAAGUCGACAUCCAUGUAAAAGUGAACGUUUUUAUUAGCGUUCCGUGUAUUUUCGCAACCGAACAGAAGAAAGAGGGUUUGAAGUACAAAGAAAUCGCUCAGAAGAGCGUGGUUUGCAUCCUGGAGCCUCAAUCCAUGUGCGAAAAUCUUUACGACCAAAUGGCUGAAACCCUCAACAAAUCAAAAACUGAAAUCGAUUUGAUUCUGUGCUGUCGCGAGAGCGCGCGUUUUGCAAUACUCCGAUCCACAAAUGCUCGUUUUGAGCCACAUUAG